UAAAGCAAAUCCUCCUCAUACACACGUACACACAGACAGCACCACGGUUCGUAUUUAAGUUCUACCACUUGCCCUUACUGAAAGGAAUACAGAGAGGAUCCAGAAUAAUUCUGCUCGGGAUGGGGUUCAGCAAAAAAAUUAUUUGGUUUUUCAUCAUCUGGGUUUGUUGCAACGUGCAUGUCAGAUGCUCACAAAACGCUGAAGGCGUGAAGCAAAGGAAACCGUUCUUUGAACGGCUGAGACGGCUGGAGGAGCAGUUUCGGCGAUUUCAAGAACUCAGCUUGACACGUUUACAAACCAUUUCUGCCAACUUCAAUAUUUCUUCGAGAGUGGACCUUCGUAUCCAGUCGUUAACAGAGCAGUACAAUAAAGUCAGCGCCACAAUGAACAGAUUCCAAACUGCUACAGAAAAUGACAUCGCCACCUUGAAAUCGUGGCUGAAGAAAUUGCAGAAAAAGACCAAGAAAAUUGACCUGAAGAUGUCGACCUUGGAACAGAUCCUCAACGAGCGAAGCAAGCAAAUGUCAAAAGAGAAGAAAGAGCAGAGCGAGAUGAUGUCCAACCUGACUGCAGCAGUGGAGGAUCAGAGGGAGGGAAUCAGCUCCCUGGCCGCGGGCAGGAGCCAACUACAGAAGGAAAUGGAAAGCAUUCGGGAUGAUGUUAAAGGCCACGGUGUGAUAAUAGCCAGGUUUGAGGAGCGGAUGAAAAGCACCUUGCAGAACGACGCUUUCUCUCCAAAGCCCAGGCCAGUGCAGGCGGCAGCAGCGACAGAGCCGCGAGUGCACAGGCGAGUGCCUGUGAAAGCUGCCCACCAGCAAGACUCCCAAAAGGAAGGCUCAAUCUGCAAUGUGAAUUCGAUGAUGUACUUUCCCAAUUCUUCCAUUGAAAACUAUGCAACUUUUGGCAAAGACUUUUCAACAGGGCUAUUUGAAAUUACCAUCUGCUCUUGGCUCAAAACCAAGGCAAACUAUUUGGGAACAAUGUUGUCAUAUGCAACAGAGGAUAAUGACAACAAGUUGGUACUCCAUGGCAGAAAUACAGGCAAACAAACUACUAUUCAUUUUGUAAUUGGAGAUCCAUCAUUCAGGGAGCUUCCUGUGAGACCACUGUUAGAUGGCAGAUGGCAUCAUGUAUGCAUCAUCUGGUCUUCCUUUGAGGGCAAGUACUGGUACUACAUUGACAGACGUCUGGCAGCAACUGGUUCCAAAUUCCGAAAAGGCUAUGAGAUCCCUGCUGGUGGAACACUUAUAAUAGGGCAGGAACAGGAUAAUAUGGGAGGAGGCUUUGAUGAUAAUGAGUCCUUUAUAGGGACUUUGGCUGGAUUCACAAUUUGGAAUCGUGCUUUGUCUCCUGGAGAAAUCUCAGGUAUCACCACGGGAAAGUCAUUGCCUGGAGGCCAAAUUUUAACUUUCAACAAUGUUUCUGCUCUUAAUGGUGAAGUUCAACAUUAUAAUUGUACAUGUCUGGAACACUGUUAGGAACAAACACUUUGGUUAAGGACUGAUUUAACUCUACUUUGUAAAGGAUAUUCUGGUCAUGUUUCUUCAUUGUUGCUAUGUUGGUUUUCUAUAGCAAUUCAGAAGUGUCAUAUUCAGCCCACAGCAAUCUGCUGUAGAACCCAGGAUCACAUUCAUGCUUUAGAAAUCAGCCAGGGACAUUUGGCUAAACAUCCUGAUUAUUGCAGACUAUAGCAUUAUUGCUAUAAGAUUAUAGCAAGUAACAGAAAGAAAAUCAUUGGUGAGACUUAAUGGAUACAUCCAAACAUGGUCAAUGCAUUUAUAAUAAUCUUUAUAGAAUAUAACACAGAAAUAUUUAUGAAACCAAGUACAACAAUUACAAUGACUCAAAUAGUCUUGCAGUAUCUAUUUUAGUGUGGCACACCAAAUUCACUCCCUCCAUUAAUUGUGCUAUGGAUUUAGUUUGUAUCAUCAACAAGGUACGCUACAGCAACUCACCAAGGCUUCUUCUAACGCAUAUCUUAAAGCCAUGAACUUUACCACCUCAAAGGUCAUGGGCAAUAACUGUAUUGGAACAUCAAGAACUGAAAACAACAACCAUUCUGAUCUGGAAGUAAAUAAUCAUUCCUUCAAUAUCACUGAGCCAAGAACCUGGAACUCCUUAGAUAACAGCACUGUCGAUGUGCCUGUAUUGUACAGUCUGCAGUGGUUCAGGUACAAAUUUUACUACCAACUUCUCAAGUGCAAUGAGGUUGAGGAUAACAAAUGUUGGCCUGUCAGCGAUGCUACAUCUGUGAAUGGUUUUUAAAAAUUAUGCACAAAUUCUAGUCUACUUAUUUCAAUACUGACAAAUAAGUUUAAUAAUGUGCUUAAAGACUUCUUUAUUAUGACCUACAGUUUCCUAUGAAACAAAUUCUU